AUGGCUAAGAUAUCGUUUUCACCCAGAGCCUAUUGCAAGAUCAUCCUUCAUGCAGCGAAAUACCCUCAUUGUGCUAUAAACGGAUUACUACUAGCCAAAGAAAAGAAAGGCGAGGGUAAAUCUAGUAAUCUGCAUGUUGAGGAUGCAAUUCCUCUCUUUCACCAGUGUCUGCACGUUUCACCCAUGUCCGAAGUAGCGUUGGGACUGGUCGAUCAGUUCGCCACACAGAAUGGAAUGGUCAUUGCUGGGUAUUACUUGGCUAAUGAACUUCUGAAUGAUUUGAGUACUGACAAACCUGCUCACAGAAUAGCUGAUAAAAUAGCUGAUAAUUACGGGAAUGCAGUGAUGGCUGUGAUAGACAACCGGGAACUCAGCCACAAUAUGAGUACAAAUCCCCUUCGAGUCUCUCAAUUCCAGGACGGAAAGUGGAAACUCCAUGAUAAAGCCGACAUUGUUUAUGAGGGCGGGGAAGCAGUGCCAACAGCACUGGAAUCCCUUCUACGAGAAGCGCGAUAUCAACAGCUGAUAGACUUCGACAAUCAUCUGGACAAUAUAUCCCUGGACUGGCACAAUAGCGAACUCAACAAAAUAAUUAAAAAAACAAUUUCAGUGCAAUAAUAGAUAAAUUACUACUACUGACAUUCCAAAGGAUAACUAUAUGGUUCAUUACUCGAAGUCGAUUCAAUGGGGGCUUUGCAUGAUGAUUUUUAGUGUUGGAUAGACAAGUCGAAUGAAAAAUAAUAGAUACGUUUUUUUAUUAGAAAAAAUAGGAAAAACAGAUGUUUCGUCUAUCAAUUAGAAUUUUCCUACUUUUUUUUUCAUAAUAAAAAUAUACGUAUCGAAUAUUUUCCACCAAAUUUUGAUAUCUCAUCGGUUUUUUCAAUGAAAAAUGUUAUGUAGCACCUCAAUUCUAUGUAUAUAAAAUUGAAAGCAUUUUUAACACAAAAAAUCACAUGAACAGCAUUUUAGCGUUGCAGUAUCAAUUCUUGAGAAUUAAUUCGGGAUAAGAAGCAUUGAAAAUCAUGGAAAAAGAAAAAAACCCUCUUUUAUUCUUUCCACGCAUUUAUAAGUCCCUUCGUAUUUACGCAAAUACAUGGUUCAGCAUGAAUACAAACAAAACAAUGGAACAAUUUCAUACAAUUUUCAUUUUCUUUCUUAGAACAUAAGCUUCAUUGAUAAAUACAUGGUGGCAUGGAAAAAUA